UGAAUUGUAAGCCUUCUCCACUUCAGUACAACAACAAACUUUCCUUCAUAUCACAAACUUAAUUAGAAGGCAAUACUCAUUAAGGCCAGGACACAGUAAGCACAAGGAAUUAUGGCGGAUUUGAUCACAGCCGAAGAAGUGCCCUUGGUGAAUCCGGAGGCUGAUUACGAGAGUUUGAAAGCGGAGUUGGAUGCCAAGGUGAACGCCGAGGGUAAUGUUGAGUUAAGUGCUGAUCAAGUGUUACUGAGCACUCAAUUCUUAAAUCUUUGCAAGGACAAAAUUCAAAGAAUUGAUAGGCGUUUUUGGUCUGGCUCUGUGGUCACUGAUCGUCCAACUCUUAGUAGCGGCUAUUACACCAUUCUUAAACAAAAAGGCACCGAGCCUGAAGGCGUCAAAUGGGGCCAAGUCUGGGCUAAUGGUGCCGCUGAUGACACCACUGCUCGUAAGUGGAUUGUGGCUUUUGAUACCGCUGCUGGCAAGGCUUAUGCUGAAGCGGGACCAAUGGGUCCAGUUGAUUGGAACGUAGUUGAAGUGAAACUGGGUAUGUCCGGAAGCAAAACUGAGCACACUGACCCCAUCCUUGGAGGCAGCGUACUUGCUACGAUCGAUGGUCUCAAGGCAUAUGCACAUUUCCGUUGAAUAAUAGGGCUUGCUGAGCUACAUACUGAAAUCUACUAUGGAGUAUGUGUUGCGCUAUGAAUAACGUUAUGCUGUAUUGCUUUAUUUGCUGCCAAUCAUAAACUACUUUCCUCGUUACUUUUUUUUUACUUUCAAGUACUCUUGUGUAACAAUUAAUAAUGAUGCUUGGCCACUCAGGCCAGCAGACAAUCUUUAACUAUCUUUAAUUAUAUGGAAUAAAGUAUUUUAUUUACUUGUUAUAUAUGCUCAUAUGAA